GACACCCAACAUGUAGGUGUGAAAGAAAGGGCUGACGAGAGACGACUACGUAUGGUCUGAAUUAUCGUUUAAUACUCACCUGCAAUCAUUAAAGCUGAACUAUUUCAUAUUCUCUCCUGGCUCACUUCUGACUCUUCAUCAUCACUUUCAUACAUACGAAGACCAAUUAGUUUUAUAUCAACUGUACUAAGAUAUCUUGCUUUCAAUAACGAACAUCAUGGCAGUCUCUAAACUCAACGGAACGAAUGGAACAGAUGCACAGGCCGUAGGCAAAGCGUUUCCUCCUGGAGUCCAUGUCCCCAGCUUGACAUGGUUUGCCGACAACAAGACUCAAGAGAUUGAUUGGGAAGUGCAAACAAGGCACAUCCGCUUUCUAAUUGAGUCAGGAUUACACGGCAUUGUCAUCGCCGGUACCAAUGGAGAGGCGGUAACGCUCAGCUCCUCCGAGAAAGCUCAACUUAUUAAGACAACACGCGACCAAGCUAUUGAGUUGGGUCGACCGGAACUGCCUAUCACUGUUGGAUGUGGUGGAGGAUCGACAAGACAAGUGAUUGAGGAUACACAACUGGCAAAAGAUUCUGGCGCUGAUUUUGCACUCGUCUUGGUGCCGAGUUAUUUCCACUUUGCCAUGAACGAAGAUGCGAUCGUGGGAUUCUUUGAGGAACUUGCCGACGCGAGUCCUAUUCCUGUACUCAUCUACAAUUUCCCGGGAGUCGCAGCUGGCCUCGAUGUCAACUCGGAGAUGCUAUCAAAGCUAGGCGAACAUCCCAAUAUCGUGGGAGUCAAGUUGACAUGUGGUGGUAUUGCUAAAGUUUCUCGGAUACGAAACCAAUUCUCUCCAGAACAGUUCUGUGCACUGGCUGGUCAAAGUGACUGGUUGUUGCCAGCAGUCUCUGUCGGUGGCAUUGGAACCAUUACAGGUCUUGCCAACAUCUACCCUAGAACCUGCAUAGAACUCUAUAAUCUAUCAAUUGAAGGCACAACUCAAAAGGCUACGAAGGCCCAAAACGAACUGGCCGCGGUUGAGUGGGGCUUUGCAAAAGGCGGCAUCAACGGCACUAAAUGGGUAGUAGCUCAGUACCUUGGGUAUCCAGAGAGUAGUUGUCACACGCGCAGACCAUAUCCACGAUUCAGCGACGCCAAGAAGCAGGCUUGGAUCACAGAGAUUAUGAAGCCCCUCGAAGAGCGGGAAAAGACACUUGCUAACUGUUGAGAUUUCACUCCGUGCUCGGCGAAAAGAGGGGCGCCAUGGCUACCGCCACUAGUCGCCAUCCCUCGGCACUCCUACUCUGGGUCUGGCCCAGGGACAGCAGCUGUAGCAUAUAGAACAGUUAAAGUGUUAGAAUAGCUACCUUAACAUAGAAUAUAAUAUGACUUGAUUCGGAGA